AUGCUGCGCUGGCUACGGGGCUUCGUGCUGCCCCCUGCAGCCUGCCAGAGUAAUAUGCACAACAUAGCCUAUGAGAUCCUCUUUGAAGACCUGGACCGCAAUGGGGAUGGCGUGGUGGACAUCUUGGAGCUCAGGGAAGGACUGAAACACUGGAGUGCCGCAUUUGGCAGUGACUCUGAGAAGGACAUCCUUGAGGCUGCAGAUUCCAAUGCUGACUUCACAAUGGAUUUUGAAGAAUUUGUGCAGUACCUUCAAGACCAUGAGAAGAGAAUGAAACUGGCAUUCAGUAGUCUGGACAAGAAUAAUGAUGGAGUAAUAGAUGCUUCAGAAAUAAUUGCUGCCGUUGGAUCAUUGGGAAUCCACAUUUCUCUCUCUCAGGCAAACGAAAUCCUGAAAAGCAUGGACAGCGACGGGUCAAUGACAAUAGACUGGGAUGAAUGGAGAGACUUCUUUUUCUUCCACCCUGCAAAAAAUAUCAAUGACAUUGUUCGUUUCUGGAAGCAUUCUACUAUAAUUGAUAUAGGAGAGAGUAUAACUAUUCCAGAUGAAUUUACAGAACAAGAAAAGAUGUCCGGAGAAUGGUGGAAGCGGCUAGUGGCAGCAGGGAUAGCAAGUGCGAUCUCACGGACGUGCACGGCACCUUUGGACCGCUUGAAAGUCAUGAUGCAGGCCCGUAGUUCAAACAUGAGUAAAAUGAGUUUGGUUAACGAGUUCAAGCAGAUGGUAAAAGAAGGAGGAAUUUUUUCUCUUUGGCGAGGAAACGGUGCAAACGUUUUUAAGAUUGCACCAGAGACAGCACUCAAGAUCGGGGCUUAUGAACAGUAUAAGAAAUUUCUUAGCUUUGGCGAUGCUAAUUUAGGAGUUCUUCAAAGAUUCAUAGCUGGUUCCAUGGCUGGUGCAACUUCCCAAACCUUUAUUUACCCCAUGGAGGUGAUAAAGACCAGGCUGAUUUUAGCUAAUACUGGAGAGUAUUCUGGGAUUAUUGAUUGUAGCAGGAAGCUUCUGCGGACAGAGGGUAUUCAGGCCUUCUGCAAAGGCUACGUUCCCAACCUGAUGGGCAUCAUACCAUAUGCAGGCUUAGACCUUGCCAUCUUCGAGCUUCUGAAGAAUUACUGGCUAGAACACUACGCAGGAAACUCCGUGAACCCCGGGAUGGCGAUUGUGCUGGGCUGUGGUACACUGUCUCACAUUUGUGGCCAAUUAGCCAGUUUUCCCCUGAAUGUUCUUAGAACUCGCAUGCAGGCAGCCAUGCUGGAAAAUGAAAGAAUACCUAUGAUGCGGCUCAUUCAGGAAAUAUACACUAAAGAAGGAAAGAGGGCAUUUUUCAGGGGUCUCACCCCUAGUAUCAUCAAGCUGCUUCCUGCAGUGGGCGUUGGCUGUGUGGCUCACGAACAAAUGAAAGUGCUUUUUGGAUUAACCUAG